UGGAAAUGUUUGUCAAAGUGGACACAAAACAGAUAUGAUAUUUAAGACAAUAUUAAUACUAAAACUUUAGAUAAAAAUACCAGUCAUUGAAUCCAAUCAUUUGUCAAUCAAUCAGUCAAUCAAUCAAUUGUUGGUCAUUUGAAUCACUUAUUAUAACAUCUUUGAUGACAUAUGAAGAUAAUGAACGAAAAGUCAUAUGAUUUGAAAAUAAUUGAAAUAAUGUAAUGACUGAACAAAAAGUGAUACUUUAAUAAUGACAGACAAGAAAACAAUACAUAUGAAAGAAGACUUUAUCGAUCACUGGACGAGUCCAACACUUGUGGUGCGAUCAAUUGGUCCCAAAUUGGUGCCAUUCUUCAAGACAGUUGCCAUAUAUUUGGUUUUAGCCGAUCGCGAGAGUCCUUCAUGGCUGACGUGUCUAUUGAAAUGUCUACCUAUUAUAUGGCUCUGUAUUUUUGUGAUACUUCAUGGCAUGAGUUUAGGUGAAGAACAUGUUUACUCUCGAAGAAUACUAAUAGGUUUAGUACUGUCUUGUAUUGGCGAUGCGCUACUUGUUUGGCCACAAUGUUUCAUAUGGGGAAUGUUGAGCUUUGCACUGGCUCACAUCUCAUAUAUAAUUGCUUUUGGUUUCUAUCCGUUUAAUGUAAACUCUGGAGUUAUUUUUGGUUUGAUUGGAGCAAUGGUUCACUAUAUAAUGUAUCCAAAACUUAUUGGUACAGUAUUUAGUAUAGCGGUUCCCGUUUAUAAUGUUUUGUUGUUAACAAUGGUUUGGAGAGCAGUGGCCAGAGUGGAGGGUUUUUUUCAAGACCUAUGGACGUGGACUAAGUUGUGCUCAUGUUUUGGCGGUAUUUUGUUUGCCAUUUCUGAUACAUUGCUUGGUCUGAGAGAGUUCGGGCUAAUUACACAUAUGAUGACUGGUGCUCAAUGGCAACUAUUGGUGAUGUCCACCUACUAUUCGGCUCAGUUCGGUAUUGCGCUAUCAGUUGUUGACAGGAGUGCAAUGGCAGCACUCAGUGCUACCACUGAUUCUCACUUAAGAUUCACUUAAAAAAUCAUUAUAAAUGAAGUACAAACUGUGUUAUAGUUUUGAAACUACCGGUAAUUGAAAGUUCUUAAGGAAAGACAUUCCAAAGUCAUGUAUUGUCUCACUAUUUGGUCAUUCCUUCAUUCGGUAUAUUUG